AUGGCGCUCCUUUCCAGCGACGCCUACCCCAAAAACGUGCUGGGGCGCGGCGCCAAAUCCAAGGACAGCGGCCCUCGCUACGAGUCGAGCGUCCGCUCCCGCUGGACCGCGCUCGGCGCCGCCUCUGUCGCUUUCGCGGACGACGACGACACCGGCGGCCACGCCGUGAUAGCCGCCACAACCUCGGACGUGUUCGUCGCGUUCCGAGGCACGUCGUCGACGGCGGGGUGGGCGGCCAACGCCCACGUCGCGCAGUUCAAGAUCACCUCGGGCAAGGGCGGCGCCGGGCCGGUGAUGCAGGUGCACGGCGGCUUCCUGGCGUCCUUCGCGGCGAUCUACCCCCGCGUCGGCACCGAAGUCGCCAAGGCGCUCGAGGGGACGGUGGCUGACCCCAACGCGGCGCGCGUCUUCAUAACGGGCCACUCGCUCGGCGGCGCGCACGCCGCGCUCGCCGCGCUCGCGCUGGCCGGCAACGGCGCGCGGGUGGGGGGCGUGUGGACGUAUGCGGCGCCAAAGACCGGCGACGAGGCGUUCACGCAGGAGUACAUGCGUCGAUUCGGAAACGAGACCUAUCGGUGGGUCAACGGCUUCGACCUCGUCCCGACUCUCCCGCCCUCGGAACUCCCGGCGCCGCUCGGCAGCUUCCGCCAGCUUCCGCCCGGCCCCACGCUCUGGCGGACGCUCGGGGGGCGCUGCGGCAAGGCCGGCCCUGGGCUGCUCGAGGACUGCCUGCCCGCGGGGGCGACGCUGGAGGCCGGAUAUCGGGGCACGGCGGGGGAAGGGGGCAAGGAGGAGCGGUGCAAGUUCGUGGUGGCCGACCACCGGCUGGCGAGGGCGCUCGUCGCGCUCGGCGGCUGCGUGUCGGCCGAGGCGCGGGGCCGCGGGGACGCGUGCACGCCCAAGGUGGUGAGCGCGGUCAUCCCCGACGAGUGGGAGUAG